CCAUUACUCACUUCCCUUCACCCCAUUACUCUCCAGAGAGAAAGACAAAAUAUGUGUGAACUGUUAACUGGAAAACUCAAAACAAAAUAUAGAUUCGAGACCCAUGGGAUGGAUGUGUCCUUCUUAGUUUGAUUUUUGGGUUUUUUAAUCCUUCUACUUCAUUUAGAUUCUGUCGUUUAUUAAAGAGAGGAAAAAAAUAUUCUGGGGCAUUAAUUUUUUUCUUUCUGGAGAGUUUUUGAUGUAGGGUAGGCACAAAAGGAUUCUUACUUAGCUUUUAAGUGAGGUGUUGGUUUUAAUGGUUGUGGGGGGUGAUUUUUGAGGUGUUUUAAUGGUUUUAAGUUUUUUUUUCUUUCUCGGGAAUAUCUUCGGUAUGUUUGAAGAACAGUUUUAAGCAAGUGGAUUUGGUGGGUUUUAGGUACAAAAAUUCUGGUUUCUUUCCUACUCAAAAUAGUAAGAAAUCUUCAUCUUUGUUUCACUUGCAAGUUUUUAGAUUCCCAUUCAUCUUUCUUUCUUUCUUUCUCGUACACUACCAACACUGUUCCACUUCAAUAAUGGGAAUUUGUGUUAUUUUCAUUUGAGCGUUUGAGACUGUGAGUAUCUUUUAGUUUCACUAAGAAAUGAUGCUGGAAUUUGUCCCAAUGACUUUCAUCAAAUGGGUUCUCAUUGCUACUUUAAUCUCUUUAAAGUCUGGAACCCUAACACACAGUUGUGAUCCGAACGGGUUGCAAUCAUUGAAGCAAUUUGCAGGUAAUCUUACUGAUGGAUCAAUUAUUUCAGCUUGGUCUAAUGAUUCUGUUUGUUGUAAAUGGGAUGGUGUUGUCUGUGGUAGUAUAACAAAAACAUCAGUUAUUAAAUUGAUUCUUCGAAACAGAGGUCUUAAAGGGAUUAUUUCAGACUCAUUAGGUAAUUUACAUCACUUGAAGUUUCUUGAUCUUUCAUUGAAUCUUUUAGAAGGUGAAGUUCCACUAGAUCUUUCCAAUUUGAAGCAGCUAGAAGUUAUUGAUCUUAGCCACAAUAAGUUAUCAGGACCCAUUUCUAGGGUCCUUGCUGGUAUGAAAUAUAUUCGCUCAAUUAAUUUAUCUUGUAAUUCUUUCAAUGGUGAUUUGCUUCAACUCAAUACUUUUCCGAGUCUGGCUGUUUUCAAUGUAAGCAAUAAUCUGCUUAAUGGCCGGAUUGAUUCUAAAGUGUGUAGUGGUUCAAGUGCAAUUCGAGUUAUCGACUUAUCGAUGAAUCAGUUUUCUGGACAAAUAUUUGAAGAAGGUUUAACAAGUUGUAGUACUUCUCUUCGGCAAUUACAUGUUGAUUCCAAUUCACUCUCGGGGCAUCUUCCGGAUACUCUCUAUUGGAUAUCAUCUUUGGAGCAGUUAUCUAUCUCCAAUAAUAAUUUCUCUGGUCAGUUGAGCAAGAAACUAAGUAAGCUUUCUAAUCUUAAAACUUUGACCAUUUCCGGAAACCGAUUCUCUGAUUCUUUCCCUGAUGUGUUCGGAAACCUCAGUAGACUAGAGGAAUUGAUUGCACACACUAAUAUCUUCUCCGGUUCAUUACCAUCUUCUCUUUCUCUGUGUUCACUAAUUCAGGUUAUUGAUCUUAGAAACAAUUCUAUGUCAGGGUUUAUUGAUCUUGAUUUCAGUGGGAUGGCCAAUCUAACUUCACUUGAUCUUGCCUCUAACAGUUUCAUUGGAUCCCUACCCACCACCUUAUCUAGUUGCCACAAAAUGAAAACUCUAAGCCUCGCUAAGAACGAAUUAAAUGGUUCUGUCCCUGACACCUUUUCCAACUUGACAUCCCUUUACUUUCUUUCCUUGUCAAACAACACCCUCACAAACUUAUCAAAGUCAUUGAAUGUGCUCCAGCAAUGUAAAAACCUCACAACUCUUAUCCUUACCAGGAAUUUCCAUGGAGAACAAAUUCCGAACAAUGUUGACGGCUUUGAGAAUCUGAGGACCCUUGCAGUUGGAAACUGUGCUCUUAAUGGUCAAAUCCCGAUGUGGUUACUGAAAUGCAAGAAGCUACAAGUUCUUGAUUUGUCGUGGAACCGUUUGAGUGGUAAUAUCCCUCCGUGGAUUGGUGAGAUGGAGAGUCUGUUUUACUUGGACAUCUCCAACAAUUCUCUAACUGGGGAAAUCCCAAAAAGCUUGGGAGCUUUAAAGAGCAUUGUUUCCCCAAUCAGUUGUGCCCCAGAAGUUACUGCGACGGUUGGGAUUCCGUUGUUCGUUAAGCGUAACCAGAGUGCUCAUGGUCUGCAGUACAAUCAAGCCUCAAGCUUUCCUCCAUCUUUAUUGUUGUGCAACAAUAUGCUUAAUGGAACAAUAUGGCCCGAGAUUGGGAGGUUGAAGGGUCUUCAUGUUUUAGACUUGAGUAAGAAUAACAUCACAGGAAACAUCCCAGAAACUAUCUCAGACAUGGAGAAUUUGGAAAUUUUAGACCUAUCAAGCAAUGAUUUGUCAGGUUCAAUACCCACAUCAUUUAACAAGCUUACAUUUCUGUCGAAGUUCAGUGUUGCCAACAAUCACUUAAGUGGAAUAAUUCCAUCAGGAGGGCAGUUCCUUAGUUUCUCCAACUCAAGUUUCGAGGGAAACCCAGGUUUAUGUGGAGCACAAGGUCCUCCUUGUGGGGUAGCUGCAACAAUGGGUUUGAAACCUAGUAUCCCAUCUGGUUCAAACAGUAGCAUACGUCGAAGCACCAUCCUCGGAAUAACAAUCAGUAUUGGAGUUGGGAUUGCAUUGCUCUUGGUUGUUGUCUUGCUUAAGAUGUCAUUAAAGGGCGCACCAUAUUUGAUUGACAAUGUGGAAGAUGAAUUAUACAGGCCCCACAGGUUAUCAAAUGCAUUUGGGACAUCAAAGUUGGUUGUUCUCUUUCAAAAUGCAGACUGUAAGGAGUUGACCAUCGGAGAUCUGUUAAAAUCCACGAACAAUUUUGAUCAAGCAAACAUUAUUGGUUGUGGAGGAUUUGGUCUAGUUUACAAAGCCUAUUUUCCUAAUGGCACAAAAGUUGCAAUCAAGAGACUUUCAGGCGACUGUGGUCAGAUGGAACGUGAGUUCCAGGCAGAAGUUGAAGCCCUAUCAAGAGCGCAACAUAAAAAUCUUGUACCUCUGCAAGGUUAUUGCCAGCAUGGGAAUGACAGAUUAUUGAUUUAUUCUUACAUGGAAAAUGGAAGCUUGGAUUAUUGGCUUCAUGAGAGGGUUGAUGAAGGGUUGCCACUGAAAUGGGAAAUUCGGCUUAAAAUAGCUCAAGGAGUCGGUAGGGGAUUGGCCUACUUACAUAAAGGUUGCGAACCAAAUAUAGUUCAUCGAGACGUAAAGUCGAGCAAUAUUCUCUUGAAUGAAAAAUUUGAAGCUCAUCUUGCAGAUUUUGGUCUCUCUAGGCUUGUCAAUCCUUAUGAUACUCAUGUUUCAACUGAUCUUGUCGGAACUUUAGGGUAUAUUCCUCCAGAAUAUAGCCAGACUUCGACAGCUACUUUCAAAGGCGAUGUUUACAGUUUUGGAGUUGUUCUUUUGGAACUUCUUACUAGUAGAAGACCAGUAGAUGUUUGCAAGGCAAGAGGAUGUAGAGAUUUGGUAUCAUGGGUUUUUCAAAUGAAAUUGGAAAAGAAAGAAGAACAGAUUUUCGAUCAGUUAAUCUGGUGUAAAGCUCAAGGAAAACAAUUUUUGGAAGUACUAGAAAUUGCAUGUAAAUGCAUAGACCAAGAUCCACGCCGACGACCUACAAUAGAACAAGUUGUUAUUUGGUUAGAUAGUGUUCAAACUGAUCAUGAUUCAUACAGUUCAGCUUGCUCACCGAAGGAAAGUUAGUUGAUUUGGAAGCUAUAAAUGUAAAAUAUAUAUGUUGUGAGCAAUUACGAUGGUUUGGAAUAGCAGUCACAAUACUUGUAUUAUUCCUAGAUAGAGGGUUACAGUUUUGCCGAUAGAACAAGUCGAGUUUGAGCUGUCUUCCUUUUUCUUUUAAUGUAUACUUUCUUUGGCUCCAUCUUUCCCAUGCUUGCAAGUUUGGAGUGUAAAUAUAAUUUCUGGUUUGAACCGAAAUAGGUAUGGCUAACUGUGAAUAUUAAUGCCUACAUUCUUGUUCUUCUGCA